AUGGCCUCGCUGCGCACCGCCGACUCCCGGCUGAGGAGCUACUUCAAGGAGAAUUACAUUCCUCAGGUGUGCGAGGCUCUGUUAUGUGGUCUACUUAUUACAUGUCCUGAGGAUCCGCUGAAGUAUUUACAGAAAAUGAUCAUUACUAUCAUGGAAAAUGGUCUUGAAAGUCUUCUUUGGGAUAUGUGCAUCGAUCCAUCAAUGAAGCCAAAAAUUCGGAGGUUGUCUGAAACUUACAUGGAACAACUUUUUGGACUGGAUGAUCAGCUGAUGACUCCAGAACUGAUGAUAAAAGCAUGUACUUUUUAUACUGGACAUUUAGUAAAGACUCACUUUUGCAUUUGGAGAGACAUAGCAAUACCUCUUAUAAAUGAAGAGGAUAUUCUAGCUGAAAAAAUGGAAAAAGCAAUAGAAUAUGACAAUUUCAGACUUCAAAAAUAUGUAUUUCGUCUUUGGCACUCUUAUGCAGCAGGUCAAAAAAAACUACUUACAGAAGCACUAUUGCGAAUACGAAAGAUGUGCCACCAUUACAAGCUAAUAAUUACCCUGACUAAAUGGAGAGAUAAAGCAAGAUAUGAGUAUAAAAAGAGAGAAGAUGAGCUGAUGUUAAAACAUGAACUUCAACUGCGAAAAUGGAGAAGCAAGGUAAAAGUAGCUGCUAAAGAAGAACCCAUUCCUCCUGAAUACAGUCUGUCUAAAGCCUCUCUUCUAGGCGAGAUUCCUGAAUGUGACAUUUCACUGUUACCUGAAAGAGCAGUCUCACAGAUAUUCUACUACCUCACUUUAAGAGAAUUAGUAAUAUGUGGUCAAGUUUGCCACUCCUGGAUGUUGAUGACACAAGCAAGCUCACUGUGGAACAGUAUUGAUUUUUCCACAGUAAAAAAUAUAAUCACAGAUAAAUAUAUAGUGUCUACUUUGCAAAGGUGGCGUCUAAAUGUGCUGCGUUUGAAUUUUCGUGGUUGUCUUCUCCGAUCGAAAACCUUGAGAUCUGUCAGCCUCUGUAGAAAUCUGCAAGAGCUGAAUGUCUCUGACUGCCCAACACUCACAGAUGAAUCAAUGAGAUACAUCUCUGAGGGCUGUGCUGGAGUCCUGUACCUCAAUCUGUCCAACACGACUAUCACCAAUAGGACGAUGCGACUCCUGCCAAGGUACUUCCCAAACCUACAGAAUCUCAGUUUGGCUUACUGCAGAAAGUUCACAGACAAAGGUUUACGGUACCUGAAUUUAGGGAAUGGAUGCCACAAGCUCAUCUAUUUGGACCUUUCCGGUUGCACCCAGAUUUCAGUCCAAGGCUUCAGGAACAUUGCAAACAGCUGCACCGGAAUUAUGCAUCUGACCAUCAACGACAUGCCAACUCUGACAGACAACUGUGUAAAAGCGUUAGCUGAAAAGUGCACUCGUAUUACAUCAAUAGUUUUCAUUGGUGCGCCACAUAUCUCUGAUUGUGCUUUUAAAGCUCUUUCGACUUGUAACCUCAGAAAGAUCCGAUUUGAAGGAAAUAAAAGGAUUACUGAUGCAUGCUUCCAAUAUAUAAAGAAUUAUCCAAACAUCAAUCACAUUUACAUGGUAGACUGCAAGAGAAUAACAGAUGGUAGCCUUAAGUUGCUUUCACCUUUGAAGCAACUAACUGUGUUGAACUUGGCAAAUUGUAUAAGAAUUGGUGAUGUGGGACUAAAGCAAUUUCUUGAUGGUCCUGUGAGCACAAGGAUAAGAGAGCUGAAUUUAAGUAACUGUAUCCACCUGAGUGAUGCCUCUAUUGUGAAACUAUCAGAGCGGUGCUCUAAUUUAAACUACUUGAGUUUAAGAAAUUGUGAAUAUUUGACUGACUUAGGAAUUGAACAUAUUGUAUACAUCUUUUCCUUGGUAUCGGUAGAUCUCUCUGGAACAAACAUCUCUAAUGAGGGUUUGAUGACACUUUCCAGGCAUAAAAAAAUAAAGGAACUUUCUCUAUCUGAGUGUUAUAAAAUCACCGAUGUUGGAAUUCAGGCAUUCUGCAAAGGCUCACUGAUCUUGGAACACUUGGAUGUCUCUUAUUGCCCCCAGCUGUCAGAUGAGAUUAUCAAAGCACUGGCCAUUUAUUGCAUUUACCUCACAUCUCUCAGCAUUGCUGGCUGUCCAAAGAUUACUGACUCAGCGAUGGAGAUGUUAUCGGCAAAAUGCCAUUACUUGCACAUUUUGGAUAUUUCUGGUUGUGUCCUGCUUACUGACCAAAUGCUUGAGGACCUUCAGAUGGGCUGCAAACAACUUCGAAUCCUUAAGAUGCAAUACUGCAGACUUAUUUCCAAGGAGGCAGCAAGGAGAAUGUCAUCUAUGGUUCAGCAGCAAGAAUAUAACCCUAAUGACCCUCCACUUUGGUUUGGCUAUGAUUAUGAAGGCAAGCCUCUUACAAAACAAGAGAUAACACCACUUAAAGAAGAUGAAGAAAUCACAGUGACAGAUUCAAUAUACAGUGGUGAAGAGGAAGUAGUAUGACCUUCAGCCUCAAGCAAGAAGAACAAAAAAUCUAGAAGUUGGUAGCUUAAUUUGAUGAAAGUAUUUUUACCAGCUGGAUCUCAACAGUGUAACCAAGCAGCAAAUCAUCUCCUGAUUUUUAUUCCAACUACAAAUAUUUCUAAAUACAUUAUUAGUUCUUCUAA